AUCAUCAGUCAUGUGACUCAACAACAUUCAGCUGAAUACUGGUGUGGAGUUCAGUCUGAUCAAGGACACAAGAGCUUCAUCACACGAGUCCUCAUCAGCGUUACAGAGGAAGUGGGCGUCUCUGUCACAUUCAUCUGUUCAUGUUAAACAUGUAACCAGGAAAGAAACACUAAAACUCAUCUGAACACACAUCGAGAGCUUCAGAAGAACUGAAUCUACUAACAACAGAGAAGAUCACUGAAGAAGAGAGAAGAAUGAAGAUCAUCUGGACUUUCACUCUGCUGAUGAUUCCUGGUGUGUUGAGCUCCAUCAGUGUGACGGGAUAUUCAGGAGGAGGAGUCAGCAUCACAUGCAGAUAUGAUAGAGGAUAUACAGGAAAUGCAAAGUAUUUUUGUAAAGGACAGAAUCCAGGAUGCUCUGACCUCAUCAAGACUAAAGAGAAAGAUAAAUGGGUUGAUUCUAGAAGAUUCUCUCUGUAUGACGACACAAGAGCAGCAGUUUUCACUGUGACCAUCAGAGAUCUGAGAGAACAGGAUUCUGGGACGUACCAGUGUGCAGUUGAUAUCUCUCUCUAUGGAGAUUUCUACACUGAAGUGAAUCUGAAAGUUGUAACAGCAGCUGAUUGUUGUGAGAAGAGCAUCAGUCUCUCAGCUGCUGCAGGAGGAUCUGUGAACAUCAGCUGCAGAUACCCACAAUCCCACAGUGCUGAUGUGAAGUUUGUCUGCAGGAGAUCUGGAUCUGAUCUCUGUGCUGAAGAGACGUCUGUGAAGGAGAGCAGAAGAUGGAGCGCUGAGGGACAGAUGCAGCUGUAUGAUGACAGAGAGCAGCAGCUCCUGACGGGAAUCAUCAGUCAUGUCACUCAACAACAUUCAGCUGAAUACUGGUGUGGAGUUCAGUCUGAUCAAGGACACAAGAGCCAUCACACGAGUCCUCAUCAGCGUUACAGGUACAGAUGA